CAAGACAGUCAACCAAAACCAGCAAAGAGAGCGCGCACCUCCUUCACAGCUGAACAGCUGCAGGUAAUGCAAGCCCAGUUUUCACAAGACAACAACCCAGAUGCACAAACACUUCAGAAACUUGCAGACAUGACAGGACUAAGCAGGAGAGUAAUACAGGUUUGGUUUCAAAACUGCAGAGCAAGACAUAAAAAGCAUACCCCUCAGCACAGUGGGCCUCCACAAGGGACCCCCCAGUCCAGGAUGCCCCCCUCCCUCCCAGAGGAGAUUCAUUACUCCCCUUUCGGCAGUCCUGAUAGGGCCCGCAUGGUAGCGCUGCAUGGAUACAUCGAGAGCCACCCAUUCUCAGUGUUGACAACACAGACUAUUCCUCACCCUCAUCAAGCCAUGGCACUAGCACAGUUACCACUGAGCCGCUAGCGUAUUCACACAGACAGUUCCACUACGUCUUCAAAGAAGAGGCAGCACUUUGAGCUGAUUGUCCUAAGCCGGGCCACGCUUGAUCUGUGUAUCGGACCUGCUACAGUGAUUUACAUUUCUCAUGGUGCAGUGUCACAUCCCACAUACUGAGCUGAGUUUGCUUCAGAAGAACAACAUGGAAAAUAAAUAAUCCCUCUGACGCCUGCAUCGGGGACUUACUUUUAAGAAAUGAUGCAGUCACAGAAAAAUAAAGCUUUCUUGGAGAGCAAAGCCUUUGUGAAUUGUGGAAUAUUUUUCUUUGAUUUUUGAACACCCUUUCCAGUAAGAGGGUGUACCAAAGCCACUGUGCUUUGUUGUGUUCUUUGAGUUUUUCCUUGCUUGUUCCGAAAACAAGUUGUUUGCUGCAUAUUUUACUGUUUGUUAAUUAAGACAAAACUAAGAUUUACUCAGCCAACAUCACUCUGUUUCAUAAGUCACCUAACUCAGACAGGUAAGGUUUGAAGACUUUUUUUUUUAAAUUAGGAAAGGUUUUGAACUUCUUUGAAUUUGUGUUUUCUCUUAAAAAGCAUCUCAGCACAGGUGUGAAAUAUCACAGUACUGUUGUUAUUGUUUAGAUUGAUUUUGUAUUUCAUUAUGUUGACUUUUUAGAACUCAGUUUAAAGCACCCCAGUGGUCUAACUACAGCUGGUACACCAGAGUGUAACCAUUAACCCGUCCCCCUGCAACACAGCCCAAGUGAACGUAAGAAAUACCACAUUUUAUUCUGUUUCUUACAUUCCUCAGAGGCAGAGCAGAGCUGGCACAGAGGGACAGAUUUGAGAGCUGGUUGAGAGCUGGCUUGAGGCCACAAGGAUGCUUUCAACGUCUCAGUUUUAAAGAGUCACCACGAUGUGGUGACUGAAUCAGAAAAUUCUAUACAGACUAACUCUAAACAACAAGAAGAAAGCAUUAGUCAAAGAGUAAGUAGCUUGACAUUACAUGUUGGCUAGAUCAUACAGUG